CCCAGGCCACCCGAGGGACCCAUGGCUGCGGCGGCAGCCCCGCGAGGGUGGCACGGGGGAGAGCCACGCGCGCUUAGCCGGGCUGUGAAGUUGCUUCAGCGCCUGGAAGAGCAAUGCAGGGAUCCCAGGUUGGUCAUGGGGCCGCCGUCGCUGCGGGACCUGCUGCCCCGCACGGCACAGCUGCUUGGAGAGGUGGCAAAGGCCCGGCGGGAGGCCAGGGAAGACCCCGAGGGACCCGGUGGCGCCGGUGACUUUCUGACCAUCUACCUGGCCAAUCUGGAGGCCAAAGGCAGGCAGGUGGCCGAGCUCCUGCCACCCCGAGGCAAAAAGGACGCGAACCAGGAUGUUUUCCGGGAGGGCUCGAGAUUCAGGCGACAACUGGCCAAGCUGGCCCUCAUCUUCAGUCACAUGUACGCGGAGUUGAGUGCACUCUUCCCUGCAGGGAAGUACUGUGGGCACCUGUACCAGCUCACCAAGGGCUCUGCCCACAUCUUCUGGAGGGAGUACUGUGGAGUUCGGUGUGUGCUUCCCUGGGCUGAGUUCCAGUCCCUCCUGUGCGCCUGCCACCCUGUGGAACCAGGCCCUACCAUGCAGGCCUUGCGGUCCACCUUGGACCUCACCUGUAGCGGCCAUGUGUCCAUCUUUGAGUUUGACAUCUUCACCCGGCUCUUCCAGCCGUGGCCCACUUUACUGAGGAAUUGGCAACUCCUGGCUGUCAACCACCCUGGAUACAUGGCCUUCCUCACCUAUGAUGAGGUCCAAACACGCCUGCAGGCCUACAGAGACAAACCGGGCAGCUACAUCUUCCGGCCCAGCUGUACCCGCCUGGGGCAGUGGGCCAUUGGGUACGUGAGCUCUGAUGGGAGCAUCCUACAGACCAUUCCUCUCAACAAAACUCUGCUCCAGGUGCUCCUGAAAGGACAAAAGGAUGGCAUGUGA